UCCAGAAUGUGUCGGCUCUAUGUACGGGUCCCGGGGCGGCGCACCAUCAGUCCAAGCCUAUAUAUCCUCGACGUCUACUUGCCUAGUGUGACACAGUCGAACGUGUCAUCACACGUGUAGGCAAAGCCUCUCGCUCGCGAUUUGUAAAGCACGCUCUAGCGGACUGCGGCAAGCAGCCUGUCCCGCGACAUGCCACUGACGAAGGGCUCGGAGGGGCUGCGGCUCGUUUUGCGGACGUUCACGAGAGGGCAUCACUCGGUCGGGAUCGUGGGAGCUCCUUCCUGGAAAGGACAGCCGAGAGCGGGAGUAGAAGAAGGACCAGAUCUCAUUCGAGGCGCCGGAUUGGUUGAGAAACUUAAAGGGCAAGGCUGCACAGUGAAGGAUUAUGGGAAUGUUCCCUUUGACGAGGUGGCCAGUGACGAGCCCGUUCACGGGGUGAAGAGACCACGGGCGGUGGGGCGAGCCAAUGAGCAGCUGUCUAACGCGGUUGCCAGGGUGAAGAGGGAUGGCCACACCUCCGUGAUGCUGGGAGGAGACCACAGUCUGGCGAUUGGCUCCAUUCACGGCCAUGCGUCAUGUCGCGGUGAGCUGAGUGUGGUGUGGGUGGACGCUCACGCUGAUAUCAACACGCCACUAACAAGCCCUACAGGCAACAUCCACGGCCAACCCAUGUCCUACCUCAUCCACGAACUACACUCAAAGAUCCCAACCAUUCCUAAUUUCUCAUGGCUCACGCCGUGUGUGCGGGCGAAGGACCUCGUCUAUAUCGGCCUGAGAGAUGUGGACCCCGGAGAGCAUUUCAUCCUGAAGAACCUCAACAUCAAGAUGUUCUCCAUGACAGAGGUGGAUCGGCUGGGAAUCGCAAAGGUCAUGGAGCAGACGUGUGAUCACCUCUUCUCAAGGGGGAAGAAGCCCAUUCACCUGAGCUAUGACAUCGAUGCGCUCGACCCCUCCAUAGCCCCUGCCACAGGGACGCCCGUGACGGGAGGUCUGACUUACAGAGAGGGUAUCUACAUCACUGAGCUCAUAUGCCAAACAGGCCUGCUGUCAGCUGUUGACAUGGUGGAGGUGAACCCCAAGCGCGGUGGCUCUGACGCCGAGAUCAGCUCCACCGUCACCACGGCUGUCGACCUUCUGCUGGGCUGUUUCGGACGAGUCCGGGAAGGGUCGCACCCCCCAGACUACCACGUGCCCAAACCAUGAGCCCCCUCCCCCCAUUUAAAAAAACUCUGAACUGAAUACUGAACUUUCUGGAAGAAAACCACUUCAUUUUCUACCAUCUGUAUCUGUAAAUGAGAUAGGAGAUUAAGAUUUCCUACCAGCUGUAUCAGUAAAUGAGAUGGGAGAUUGUGAUUUCAAA